CGUACAAGUGCAAUGCAAUUUGGCUUAUCCCAACCUUUGUUCGGCUUUCUCUACAAAUGACCAAACAUAGUGCAGACUUGAUCGACUGCUGCUUGAACUCGGGAGUUUGGGUGCAUUCACACUCAAGAGUCACGGUGGUAUUUUUUCACUGUGUGCACUGGACUGAUAUCCCAUCAAUUUUGGAGCCACACACUUUGUGCGUGACAUGAGAAAAAAAAUGUUCACGGCGCUUUUUUUUUUUAAACUGCACAUAAACAAAUACGAUUGACAAAGAUGAAUGAUUUCAAUGAGGCUAAUAUGCGUCAAGAAGAAUGGCGCGUUCAAGCACACGUGACAUUUACAGCAUUUGCAGGAUAAAAUGAGCGUAAAUUCCAGAUGAUGUGAUUGACUUUUACGCGCGUGAAUUAAACACAAAAGGGCCCCUUUUUUAUCGUUUUGGUAAAUGCACCAGUGAAUGGGUGUCAAAAGUUGUUUAUCCAUGGCGAUGUGUUGUCAUUAUUCGCACUUCCUUUUGCACAAAACCUUUUGGGCCGAACAUUAAUAGGAACUGACAGGUGUUAAAAGCCACUCUGCAGGGGAAGGGAACCCCCCCCGGCCCCCCACCCCCCAAAAAAGCACGCUGUUUAAAGAUAUUUUAAGUAUGCACCAUCUUGCAACAUUAGUUUUCAUAAACAUUUUAUUUCAUUAUAUUUUCUUUUCCAAAUGAUCUCUGAGAUGAUGCCCUUCCACGGACAUCUUGUGCUUUCUUUCGUUCUUACUUUUUUUUUUUUUGUCCAAAAUGUUCCCCGCAAUGCGAUUCUUUUUUGUAAUCCGUCAGACUGGUGAUGGGGCGCAUUGUGGAUUUAUUGGGGUGGCGGCGGUGGUGUAGGGGGGGGGGUGAGGUUUUGGAAUUAGCAUAAAUUAUGAGCAAAUCUGCGUGUGCGUGUGUGUGGUCCUCGCCAUUGCAAACCCUCCAAGCGGAAAGGUGGCCCUGGGUUCUCCCCCUUCCCUCCUAAAAAAAAAAAAAAAAAAAAGCUUGAAUAGCAGUCGUUCAGAAUAGGCUUCCCAUUUGGUUUUCACAUUCAUAUAAUUGACUUAUGGAUAUUUUAUACAGUUUUCCUGCACACCAUCUUCAAGGGUUUAUUUGCAUUCCUGAAGUACUUCUCAGUAUGCUUUCCACAAACACAAAGGGGCUGCCUGAUUGCCUCGUCAAGUUGGAGUUUGAACAGCAUUUGUUUGCAUUGGGUUGUAAUGUUUUCACACCGUCCGCUUCCCCCGAAAUGUUUACAGUGCGUUUUUGUAAACAAUGAAACAAUACAUUAAUCCCUUUAAUAAAAUAAAUAGGGAUGAGGAAAAAAAACAAUCAUUUAUUUUAAUGUUAAUGUGAUUCAUUUAAACAUUUUUUACACGUGUCUUGUUUAAAAUGACCGUGUUAUCACCAUGCAAAAUACACGGACUGAAAUCAACUGAAAGUAACUGAUACACACGGGCCGUUUCACAUCCGUCGGAAAAAAACAAUGCGGGCGCAUUUGCCCUUUAAAUGAAUACAAAGUAAAACUUCUGCCGCCGUGUCAUGUCAAAUAUCGGUGCAAGUGUCAAGCAUAAGAGCAUACCUCCACACACUGAGUGCCAUCGCCGUUCAAUUCCGGCUGCCGAGCCUUUUCACCCCUUUUUCUGUCUUCAAAUGGAAAUGAUUUCCAUUGGCCCAAGGUGUCCAUGUAAAUAGGUGUAAAUGAAACCAGAUUAUGCCUUCCUCCUCCUUCCCUCCGCCCCUCCCUCCUCCUCCUCCUCCGCCUCCUCCCUCUCCACCUCCUCCUCCCAUGGCAAUUGUCAUGUGAUAGCAAAGAGGUGGCACAUUAAUGGAAGCUCCUCGGCGGGGGUCUUUUCUGCUCAUGUCACGACAUAAAACUAUCAGAUGGUUCGAGGAGGGCCAUGGAGGCAUCUUCCACUUAGUCCGGGACGCCCCGAUGAAGUCUUGUGAGCUCCUCUAGCGGGACCAAGCUGAGAAAAGACGUCCGAGCAAGCAAGCCGCCCCACUUUCUGUCGGCGCACGAGCUGGGAAAACAACUCCUGCAUGAAGAAACUCGCACCGAGGAAUUAAGGGUGACUACUUGUUUCUUUGCGUGUUUUUUUUCGGGGGGCGGGGGGCUGUUGUUUUGAAAACUGUCUCGAGGAUGCCUCGUCCGGGGAGAAACACGUACAGCGACCAGAAGCCUCCGUAUUCGUACAUCUCUCUGACGGCCAUGGCCAUCCAGAGCUGCCCGGAGAAGAUGCUCCCCCUGAGUGAAAUCUACAAGUUCAUCAUGGAUCGCUUCCCUUACUACCGAGAAAACACGCAGCGGUGGCAGAACUCGCUGAGGCACAACUUGUCCUUCAACGAUUGCUUCAUCAAAAUCCCCCGGCGCCCCGACCAGCCCGGCAAAGGCAGCUUCUGGGCGCUGCACCCCAGCUGCGGGGACAUGUUCGAGAACGGCAGCUUUCUGAGGCGACGCAAGCGCUUCAAGGUGCUCGGCGCUUCCGACCACCUGGCCCCCAGCAAGCAGUCGGACGCCGCCCACUACCUCCAGCAGCAGGCCAAGCUGCGGCUGAGCGCCCUGCAGGCGGCCACCGGCACGCACCUGCCCCAGAUGUCCACCUACAACCUCGGGGUGUCCCACCAGACCUCCACCUUCAAGCACCCGUUCGCCAUCGAGAACAUCAUCGCCAGAGAGUACAAGGUCCCCGGGAGCUUGGCCUUCUCCACCAUGCAGUCCAUGUCGGCCGGCUACCCGCUGCACAACCAGCUCACCUCGGCCUGGCCGCACGUGUACAACAGCGGCGUGAUGGACACGGCGGCGCCCAUCCCCAUGGCUCCAAGCGACUACAGCGCCUACGGCGUGCCCAUCAAGUCCCUGUGUCACGGGGCGCAGACUCUACCGGCCAUCCCGGUGCCCAUCAAGCCCACGCCGACCUCCAUGGCCGGCUUCUCGGCGCUCCCCCACCACCUGCCCGCCUUCCUGUCCAACUCGCCACAGUCCCUGAGCCCGACUUCGCCACAGACUGCCACCAGCCAAAGCAGCCCCGCCACCCCCAGCGAGACGCUCACCAGCCCGGCGACGCUCCAGUCGGUGGCCGUGCACUGACCAAACGGAUCAGACUAAACGAAACUGCUGGUUUAGCGAACCCAAAGUUUAUAUAUCUGUCGUACGUCGGACUCUAUUCAAGGCGAGUUGCUUAUUGAUUCACUUGUGUAUAUGUUGAAUGUGUCGCUUUAAAUCGUGUCCUGAAAAAAAAAAGUCCAGCACAGAAUUUCGCAGUAUUGCUCUUCAAGAAAAUCUAAAUUAUUUGAAAAGUUCACAUUGACUUAAACGUGUUAAGGAGGGGCGGGGGUUGUAAGGCCCUAAAUGGGUCAAUAGGUUUCAGUUUUAUACUCGCAAAACUUUUGCACACUUUUCUGUGCGGCCACUGUAACGUCAAUGACACUGACGCUUUCCUCGAAUAAUGGAGUAAUGGGCGAGGGUAUACCAAAUAGACUAGAUUUAUUUCCCUGUU